UCCGUCGGGCUGCUUGAUUCUGCCUGGCGGCUGAGCGCGAUGGAGUGAUUGGAAGCAUCAACCCCCCCCCCCUUCCGUAGGCGCCUCCCGCGGGCCCAUGCGGCCCCCCCAGAGACCAUGGGAUCCCGCAUCAAGCAAAACCCGGAAGCGACAUUUGAAGUGUAUGCUGAAGUGACCUACCCAGUGGCACCUGGUUCAGAUCCUGAGGUGCGGAGGCAAUUCCCCGAAGACUACAGUGACCAGGAAAUUCUACAGACUUUGACCAAGUUCUGCUUCCCCUUCUAUGUGGACAGCCUCACAGUUAGCCAAGUUGGCCAGAACUUCACUUUUGUGCUCACAGACAUUGACAGCAAGCAGAGGUUUGGGUUCUGCCGAUUAUCUUCAGGGGCCAAGACCUGCUUCUGUAUCUUAAGUUAUCUCCCGUGGUUUGAAGUCUUUUAUAAACUUCUCAACAUCUUGGCAGACUAUACAGCUAAGUGCCAGGAUAGCCAAUGGUAUGAACUCCUGGAAACACUUUACAAACUGCCCAUCCCUGAGCCUGGCACAUCUGUGCAUCUCAGUGUGCACUCUUACUUUACCGUGCCUGACACCAGAGAACUUCCCAGCAUACCUGAAAAUAGAAAUCUGACUGAGUAUUUUGUAGCUGUGGAUGUGAACAAUAUGCUGCACCUCUAUGCCAGUAUGCUGUACGAACGCCGUAUCCUCAUCUGCUGUAGUAAGCUAAGCACUUUAACUGCCUGUAUCCAUGGGUCUGCAGCUAUGCUUUACCCAAUGUUCUGGCAACAUGUUUACAUUCCAGUUCUGCCUCCGCACCUCUUGGACUACUGCUGUGCUCCAAUGCCCUACCUCAUAGGAAUACAUCUAAGCCUGAUGGAGAAAGUUAGAAACAUGGCAGUAGAAGAUGUUGUCAUCCUUAAUGUUGAUACCAACACACUGGAAACCCCUUUUGAUGAUCUGCAAAGCCUUCCAAAUGACGUGGUCUCUGCUCUGAAGAACAGGUUGAAGAAAGUCUCUAUGACCACAGGCGACGGUGUGGCAAGAGCAUUCCUGAAGGCCCAGGCAUCUUUCUUUGGAAGCUACAGAAGUGCACUGAAGAUUGUACCUGAGGUGCCCAUAACAUUCUGUGAAGAAACGUUUGUCUCCCACCGGUCAGCCACCAUGCGGCAGUUCCUGCAGAAUGCCAUCCAGCUGCAGCUCUUCAAGCAGUUUAUUGAUGGCCGUCUUGAUCUUCUCAACUCUGGAGAAGGUUUCAGCGAUGUCUUUGAGGAAGAGAUAAACAUGAGCGAAUAUGCAGGUAGCGACAACCUGUACCAUCAGUGGCUGUCAACAGUCCGGAAAGGAAGUGGUGCCAUUUUGAAUACAGUGAAGACCAAGGCAAACCCUGCCAUGAAGACAGUCUACAAGUUUGCAAAAGAUCAUGCAAAAAUGGGAAUAAAAGAAGUAAAAAACCGCUUGAAGCAAAAGGACAUUGCUGAGAAUGGCUGCUCCACAGUGCCAGAAGACUCGCUCCCGCGGACAGCUCCUUCUCCAUUGGCUGAAAAGAGAGAUCCUAGACUGCGAGAGGACAGGCGACCCAUCACGGUGCACUUUGGACAGCCAAGUGUUCGCCCUCCAAGACCGCCUCCUCCCAAGAUCCAUCGCUCAUCCAGGCCCGUUCGACCACCCAGACCCCAGGUCGUCAGGAGGCCAAAGAGCAACAUCGCUAUCGAUGGCCAAAGGACCUCUGUCUCAAGCCCAGAGCACCUGGUAAAGCCCACACGCCACUAUACAGUCUUUCUCUCUGAGGACUCUUCUGGUGAUGAGUUUCCACAAGAAGAUGACCCAGUCUCUGCCUUCUCUGACAGCUUUCUCUUCUCUACUCCCUUUGAAUGGCCUCAGCCUUACCGGGCCCUGAAGGAGUCUGACAGCGCAGAUGGAGAUGAAAGGACCGGCCCUGAGAAGCCCCAAGGCCCUGGCCAUACUGACCUUCGCACCCCAGACAGCCCUACAGGAAUCAGUCUUUUGGAAGGCAUUUUCAUUAACCUUGAGGUGGAGCCUCAGCCCCAGCUCCUCACCCAAGCCAAGAGCUUAGAAGACUUAAGAAUCACCAAAGAAGAUGAGAACCAGCAGGGAACCUUUGAUUACCAGCAGAGGAUGGACCCCGGCUUUUUUGAGAAGAGCUGGACCGCACCAGGAAUGAAGCUAUCCCAUCCCUACAAGCAGUUUUGGGGCCUGGGCCAUGAUGACAUGGCCAUUCCUACUAAGUACUCCCAAAGCUCCCCCGAGAGGCCGUUACCUCCUCUUGGGAAAGCCCCCCCAGUCCCACGGAGGCCUCAGAGCAGAGACAUCAUUCUGGAUCCCACCGAGAAGGAGGUUGGAAGCUCUCCUGUUGCUCAAGGAGGGAACAUUACUAUCCCACGGCCACAGGGAAGGAAGACACCAGAGCUGGGCAUAGUCCCACCACCGCCUGCUCCUAGACCUGCCAAACAGCAGGUGCCGUCGGAAACCACCACCACCCCGUGCUUUGCAGGACACAGCAGUCUGGCACCUGACCUCAUGCAGGAGACGUUGUUCGCAGCCAGAAAUCUCUCUCUGGAGCCUGAAUUCAGACAGCAGCUUGGUUUUGCUGCUCACCAGCUCCAGCUUUUGUCCAAUACCAGCAGUGCAGCAGAUGUGCUUCAGCCAGUGAAAGUCAGUGCGGAGGGUUCAACCAAUGACAGUGACUUUCUCCUUGCCCUGCUAGACCCACUGAAAGCAGGGAACUGUCCGGACAUUAGCUUGCAGCCGAGCACCAGCAACCUGCUGGGGUCAGCAUCCCCGAGCCCAGCGGCCAGCUUCCCUUCAGUGGCAGGUGACCUUGUGCCACCCACGUCAGCACCGUUUGGCCAGCCACUGGGGUACCCUCCCUCCAUCCUGCCGUUUGGUCAGGGAUCUCUCAAUCCCUUUGUACAGACAAUGCCGAUGCCUCUGUCACUGUCUCUGGCCAGACCCCCCGGUAGUCCUCUGGCUCCCUCCCUGGGCCAUGCUUAUAGCUCCAGCAUCAUCACAACUAAUUCCAACUUCUAUCAGCCCCAGAGGCCUCCCCCCAACCCUCUGACACUCUCCAUGCCCAACCUCUUUGCUCAGGCUCCAGCAGCAGCAACCCCAAGUCAACCUUCUUCUCAGAGUCACGCUUCGCAGCCUUGUGGCCCUUCUAAAAUCCGGACCUUGCCCUUGGCUCAUUCCUCUUCCAAAAGACAGGCCAGGGCGAGGCUUGCUACAAGGCCCAGCGAUCUCCCCCUGGUCCCCCCCAAGGCCAAAGUUGUAGAAUCAGUGUUAUGCCCUUCCAAGCCUCAGGAGACUAAAGACCCCUUUGAAGACUUGCUAAAUAAAACCAAGCAGGAGGUUUCAGUCACACCAGGUAAGGUAGAACAGCUGAGGAAGCAGUGGGAGACAUUUGAGUGACUCCCCUGGUCAUGGUCAGUUCCUUUCCCUGGUGUGUUUUGAGCCAGUGAAACAACACGCUUCCUUUGGAACUAAAGGAUUGGCCGAACUCAAGCUGCUACCCUGUUGCCGUCUCCUGCGCUGCUGGCAAGAAACUGGGCAAAAUACUGUUACGGAGCAGCAGGGCCCCAGCUGGAAUCUCUCCUGGCCCCCUGCCCUUUCGAUCGCCUGUUGUUUUUUGGCCUUUGCUGGAAAACUGAUAGGAUAGUCAUUUUCCUCCCCUUUUAAAAAUUAUGAAGAUAACUACUGAAUUGGAGAAUUCUCAGUUGCUUAUCAAGUCUUCCCUUUCCCUUGAAUUCCAAUAUGGUGACUUUUCUCUCUCUCCAAUGUGGUCAGUAUUAAGUUUAGAUCCUGUGUGUUUCCCAAGCUGCAAAUCAUGUUUUGCUUUCACAUGUAAAUGGAGCACACCAGUCCACACUCGGGGGCUGAGUUUAUUACUGGGCUUUUGGACUGAAUCUUUUUUUCCUUCCAGUUUUGGUUAGUUUCUAUUCCACAAGUAUACUUUUGAUUUAGUGAAUGUACUGCUCUAUGGACUCUGAUCACAGGUACCUCUUUCCUUUACCAUCUCUUCCUUGCAAUGGGGGUCUCUUGUGCCAAGGCACCCCUUCAUGUCCCAGAUUCAGUAUUCAUAUUGGAGUACUACUUACCUUGUUGGGGAAAGUAGCUGUUCGUGUUCAUCUGAGAACUGAAAUCACCAGCAGUGUACCUUUAGAACGAGACACUUAGCACCCCUAACGUGUUUCCCUGAAGUCUUCUGUAACUGUGUGAAUAUUGUUAAUAUAUACAUAUGUGUGUUUGUGUGUCUAUAUCUACCUAUAUAUACACAUAUACACACGCACAUACACUUAAAGGUGUUUUAAAGUGGCAGUACUGGCAACUGUAGUAGUACCUUAUUUUAUUACCAACAAAAGGGACCAAGUUACAAAAGGCUCCUUAGUGUUGGGAGCUGCACCCCAGGAGUAAGUAAAAGUAAUGUGAAAAACAUGGUAAGUGUACAUUUUUCAAAAGGAGUUUUAAAUCUGAUAGGCAGAAAUUUCCCUCGUGGCCACUCCUGUCUGAAAGCUGAGGUGCGGAAUCUAGGAGCUUCGGGGGAAGGAACUCUACUGAAUCCAGAUAUUAGUUAAAUCAUUACACAAAAGCCACAAACAAUUAUAGGAUCCAUCUCAUGCCUCUUGCUUCUUGCAGCCAUGGGGAUAUCAGCGCUUGGUGUAGGAGUCCAUUUCGUUUGAUCACUUGUGUGCUUUUUAAACAUGGCUAGUUUGAAAACAUUACUACUGGGCAGGUGAUGAAGAUGCUGCCGGUCUUAAGAGCAAGACCACCCUUAUAUAGACGACCAGUCCCUUCCCUUACUUAUUUUCUUUCUACUGUGCUCCGUUCAGUUUCUGUGAAUUCCCUCUAAGUUUUCUAUCUGCUACUGAAGUGUUUCUUAGGCUGCUGCUCCCACACUUGCGCCUGUACAGUGCAAGGAAAUGCAUUUGAUUUCUUUUUGGGCGUUAAGGGAAAACCGCCAUUUUGUUUGCAUCAUUUCACUUCUGUCGAGCACUGCUGCUUUUACGAGCUGUUCUCUCUGUUUUGUAUUAUCUCUUUUUUGCUGCGGGGGUGGGGUGGGGGAGAUUGUUUUUUGAUAUUGCCUAGUUCUGAAGAGUAAAAUAUUUGAAGUCCACUGAAGGGCAAGUGUUGGUUUGGUUCAUAAGGACUUUGGGGGUUUUCUCACAAGAAUACACUGGGGGAUGCUGGCUGGCUGGCUGGCCACCGUCAGAAACAGAAUACUGACCUAUACUGACCUUUUGGCAAUUUUUAUGUCCUGCGGACCAGUUUCUCCAUGCUUCAUCAUAGACCUGCCCUGUCAGCUAUGGGUAGGGACCUCUGAGCAGGACCCUUUCAGAUGUUGGGCCAGAUGUACACUACAUAGUGCUUGCAGCAACUCCUCAACAACAGAAAUGCUGAAAAUCAUGCCAAUAUUAUAAGCCUAUUUUUGUUGCCGUUUUAAAUGUGACAGCUAAUUAGAGUAAAAUCUUUUAUUAGUGCAGGCCCCCAGGUGGAUAGAAAAUCAGGUGAUACACUGAGCUGGUGAGAGAGGAAAUGGCACAGAACCCACUCCAAAGAGUACACUGGAAGUUGGCUUUCCCUUUUGGUGGGGAGACAACUAGCAAGAAGCAGAACUGAUGCCUUGAGACUUUGGCUUAUUUUCAGUCCCGUCAUCACCUCUUGGGGUCCCCCCCCCUCUUGUAGGGAAGUGAACAAAAUCUGCACAAUAUUUUUGGUACAGUAGGAAGCCUUUUUGGUGCUUCUGCUUUCCACUAUGCAUUCCUGGCAGGAUGGGAAAGGGAAAAUGUGCCUUGGGCUGACCACCACCUAUUUGGCAACCCAGCCUGAGCAUUUUAUAUCCACAGUUCUUCACCCCAGGUGCUGAUCGGAAAUAAUUGGGAGGAACCAAGCUUUGAGACAUUGAUAGUAUUUUAAAUCCUGUGAAUUUGUUGCAAUGCUUGCCUCUGGUGUCAGUUGGAGGUGGCAGAUCCAGGUGGCAUAAAUUUCUGCCUCUUCUGGGAAGGAUGCUGUUCACUAACUUGGGGCAGUUCACUGAAACUGUUAGCCCUGUAUUCUACUCCUGGUCUAAGGGAAGUCUUGAAGCCAAGGGAGUUUUCCUGUACGUGGUACAAUCAGUGCCCUUUUCUGUCUAUAUUUGGGUCACAUUCUGUGUGAUUUGUUCUUCAUCCUUCAGGCCCUAGGAAGAGAGAGCUGUGUUCAAGGGUGUAGAACAGAACCAGAACACAUAAAGAAGGUAGAAAAGGUAUCUGGAAUCUAUGCCAAGAUUCCCAGUCUGUUUCCCGCCUUUUUUGGGGCUUAGUACUUUGUGUACGAUAUGCUUUGUCUACAAAGUAUAUUAAUAUGGGAUAAGAACUGGUAGCUGCUGAUAUCCAGGUGUUGGCUGAGCUUCUGCGAUGCCAUAAUAGUUGCAAACAUUCAGAUUAUUCUUGGAGAAAUAGCAGUAAAAUGCUUAGAAAGCAAUGCAGCCAAUUAAACUGAGAGGCAGAGAGGCAGUUGUACCAAUAUAACAAACUGCUUCAUUGCCAAUGAAUAAAUAUUUUCUCUGAAGGAGUACAUUUAAAA